UUUACACUAGAAGUACGCGAACUUACAAAGUAAAGUGUAUACAACCGGAUGAGCAUGACACAUCCCCCUGAUUUAAACUGAGAGAGGAGACUUAAAAUUCUGUUCUAUCUCCCCAAAUUCUCAAUUUCGCAAUUGCAGUGAAGCAUGUAUCAUCCUUCAAGAGGAGGUGUUCGUGGUGGCAGAGAUCAGUUUAAAUGGGAUGACGUGAAGGUCGACAAGCAUCGUGAGAACUAUCUUGGUCAUAGUAUCAAGGCCCCAGUUGGGAGAUGGCAGAAAGGCAAAGACCUACACUGGUAUGCCAAGGACAAGAAAUCCCAGGAGGCAGAUAUGGAAGCUGCAAAAGCCGAGAUACAAAGGAUCAAAGAAGAAGAAGAACAGGCAAUGCGUGAGGCUCUUGGUUUAGCCCCUAAGCGUAGUAAUAGACCUCAGGGUAACCGAUUAGACAAGCAUGAAUUCUCCGAGCUCGUGAAGAGAGGGUCUACUGCAGAAGAUUUGGGUGCUGGUCAUGCUGAAGCAGCUCAGGUUCAAGGUCUUGGCUUUGCAAGACCUCCAAAAGGCACUUUGGAAGAGUCAAGCUCUCUUCCACCCAGUCAAAAAGUGGUUCCCACUGAAGUGGUGAAUGAAACAAUGCAAAAACCACCUGCCCAAGAAAGUGAAGAUGAAGAUGAAAGCCGAAAGAAAAGGAAACGAGAAGAGAAGAGACAAGAAAAGCACGAGAGGAGACAUGAAAGACACGAGAAAAGACAUGAUAAACAUGAGAAAAGACACGAUAAACAUGAGAAGCGAAGGUCUCGUGAUUCCGAUGACAAAAACAGUUACAGAGGAGACAAGGAAAAGAGGAGGAGGCAUGAUUCUGACUGAUAAGAAAUUGUACCAAUCUCCUCCACCCAGUUCACCACUGUAUUGUUCAUGUCAUUCUGUCUUCUUCAAGAAUCUUCCAAUUGUUGAUCUGAACUAAAUUUUCGAAUCUGUUCCUGUACUCCUCAAAGUUUAGGUCUUGUUUAACAAUCCAAAUUGGGGGAGUCUGAAGCCAUGUUCUGGUUCACAACUUUGCUCUGUAAGUUUGUUUACACAAGAACAUAAGCAAAAUAUCGACUUUGUAUAGUAGGUUGAUCAUUUAUGACAUUUGAAAAUUUUGGGAGACCUA